CUCAAACCCGAGGGGGUCUAUGAGCCAGUUCAGUGUGCGGUCACUUUCGCUUUCCUUUUCCGGCGUUGAUCUGCGAGGCUCAGCAGUUCCCCGCCAGGCGUUAGUGAAAGGAGGACUUUAGCAAACUUUCUUUUGAGCAUCGCCGAGGCAGGAGACCCCAAAGUCCCAGGCUAUGUCUCUAUUUGCAAUGAAGAAGAAGAGGUGCCAAAGGGGCAGGAGGCAGCAUUCACCACGUCCUCAAGGAUCACCCCCAAGAGAGAAAGAACAUGCCAAGGCAGCCAACAAUCUUGUCAAGGAGUUGCGUGAGGAAAUGGCUUGCCCCAUCUGCCUGGAAUAUUACAAAGAGCCAGUGAUCCUAGACUGUGGGCACAACUUCUGCCAAGCCUGCCUCGCCCCGUGCUGGGAAGAGACAGACAGAUCCCCUUCGUGCCCUCAGUGCCGAGAAAUAUUCCAGCGAGAGAACGUCAGGCCAAACCGGCAGCUGGCGAACCUUGUAGAACUCGUGAAGAAACUCCAGGCGGGAAAAGGAGCCAAGGGGAAGUGGGGUGUGUGUGAAAGGCACCAGGAGCCCCUGAAACUCUUUUGCAGUGAUGACCAGUUCCCCAUCUGUGUGGUGUGUGAUCGAUCCAUGGGGCACCAAAAUCACCGUGUGCUUCCCAUAGAGGAAGCUUUCCUAGAGUAUAAGAAAAAGAUUCAGGCUGAGCUUCAAUUUCUGGAGCAAGAGAGAGAAAAGGUAAAGAGCGACAAAAUGGCAAAAGACCAGAAGAGCAAGACGUUUCUGUUGCAGUUAAAAUCGGAGAUGGAGAACACCAAGUUGGCCUUCCAGCAGAUGUACAAUUAUCUUCAGCGCCAGGAACAGCUCAGACUCUCUCAGCUGGAGAAGAUGGAGCGGGAGAUAGAGAAGAGGGAUAAAGAAAACCUCAUCAGAUUCUCUGAGGAGAUGUUUGAUCUCAAUCUUCAAAUCAUAGAAUGGGAAGGGAGAUUUCAGCAGCCCGAACAUGUAUUUCUGCAGAAUCCCAAAACCAUAUUGAGCAGUUAUGAGAAGAAACCUGAAAGGCAGCUGGCAGAGCUGCAUCCAAUCCUGGAGCAGACACUCAGGAUUCACUCAGAGCAAACUCCUGCGUUACAGAAGUCUCUGAAAGAAUGUGAAGAGUCUUUGAACAACACACUGGUUGAAGCACUAACGAAAGUGAACGUCACUCUGGAUCCAGACACGGCACAUCCACGCCUCGUUCUGUCUCCAAAUCUGAAGAGUGCGACAAUUGUACAGACAGUUCGGAAACUGCCCAACAACCCUGAGAGAUUUGAUAUCCAACUAAGUGUACUGGGCCGUGAGAAAUUCACCUCAGGGAGACAUUGGUGGGAAGUGCAACUGAGCUAUGGCCAGACAGCGUGGGCUGUAGGUGUAGCUAGAGAGUCAGUGAAGAGGAAGGGAAACAUCAUCUGUAAUCCUAACGAAGGGUUCUGGAUUGUGCAGUCAGUAAAUAUAUAUGAUAGUGUUUGGAAGUGUACAGCUUGGAAGAUACAAGCUUUGACUUCCCCUCAGGCAGUCACUGUACAUUCGGGUACUCUCAGCAAGAUCCGGGUGUUCCUGGACUAUGAAGCAGGUUGUGUGGAGUUUUUUUCCGCUACAAAUCAAAAGCUUUACGCUUUUCCUUCAACCUCAUUCUGUGGAGAGACACUCUGCCCCUAUUUCUGUAUUACUGGAAAUAACACACUGAUAUGUUGAAUCCUGAGAUUAUAUAGUGGGUUCCACAACCCUGGACAGAGGGGACAUUUUAUCUGUAGCUGCUGAAGAGACAGAAGUUAUCUACACUUUUUUUAAAAAAAAGGUUUUAUAGAUUUUUCAGUUAGUUAAAAGAAAAGAAACAUUUAAAAGGCCCAAUUUUCUCUAGGGAGGAAAAAGGCAGGGGAUAUACAUAAAACAUACAGGAUAACAAUGUUAAAAUAUUAUAACAUAUUUGGAGGGGUGGUAAAAUAAUAGCUGUUAAGCAGUGAUCAUUGUUAUAAUAGGAACAAAAAUAUCUAAAAUAUAUUUCUGGGUAUUAAAAGAUACCCAUGUAUAAUUAUCAUCUACCUGCUAUUCAGUUAGUUGUUUUUCUCAUGAGCACCAGUUGAUACAGUCUACCCUCUUAUUGGGUUUCCUGUUGACAGACUACAGAAUCUUUCACCUGUAGGGCAGGUGCCUUAUUUCAAAUAUAUUAAUUCAGUUUCCAUGAGACAGCAGCAAUCAUUGCAUCAACAGGUAUUUUCCAGCCAUGUCAACAAUUGCUCAUUGUUCCUUCAAGAGUGUUUUUGCCAUACCCACUCUUAUUUCUUCAUAAAUAAAUAAAAUUGGUGCAAAAUAA